UGUUCUAACUGUAACAAAUUUCAAACGUCAAAAUUGAAAGCUUGAAAUUUUUAAAUUAUCUUUAUUCUUUUAAGUUCUUUUGGAGUUAAUUGAUUUUAAAGUGUUUAUAAAGUAUUGUGCUAUUUAAUUUAUAAUUUUGACGAUGGUCCAUUAUGACUUUCAUUAACAAAUUGCAUAUUUGUUGAAAUGUCUAUUAAUGUAACUGUAACGGCAAACCCUAUUAAUAUUGAAAAAGGAAGAAUGGUAACUGCGAGUCCCAAUCAUUCUAAGAAAGAAUUUGAGAGGCGAAGACUAAUAAGAAUCUCGCAAGUUCGACAGCAGUCUAAAAAUAUAGCAGAAGAUGUUCGAAAUAGGGUGAAACAACAAAAACUGAAACAAAUUGAAGAAAUCGAAAAAGAAGGGAAAAAGAAACUCAAGCAGUGGCAAGCUAAAAAGCUUCUGGAACUCCAAAAUCAGUGUCAUGAAGCACUGAAAGAUAUUGGCACUGGACAUAAAGAAGCGAGUAUGUUGGAAGAUGAGGAAAGCUUCUUGAUGGAUAAAAAAGAAAAUGACGAUAGGAUGGCGAAGAAGAGAGCCGAAUAUGCCACAAAAAAAUUGCGUGAGGAAAGGGAGAAAAUCAAACAAAAUACUUCACUACCAAUACUUAAGAAAAAGUAUAUAAGACAUAUGGAAAAUAGAAGAGCUCAUAUGAUGGCAAGUUUACGGCAAUCUUCAGAAACACCUAAGAAAAAGGGCGUUGAAAAAUUGCCUAAUGACAUAGAAGUAUCAGGAAUAGUUACAGGAUCUGACUCUGACUAUGAAGAUGUUGAUGAAAACCUUCUGAAAGCAAGAAGUGCUGAAGGUGUCGAGAUUGUUGAUAAUCUACAGAGUUCAAAAAAUGAUUCAGCUCCAUUACAGGAAGUUGAAAAUCAUGAGAAUAAUCCUGUUGAUGAAGAAAUAUCAGAAUUAUCAGAUCGUGAUGAACAGUUAUUGAAAGAGCUUAGGGAACAAAAGGAUACAAGAAUAUCAGAUCGAAUAAGAAAGCGUAGUUCACAACAAUUGAUACAACCAGAUAUGUGUGAUACCCCUAUAAAUAAUAGAAAAAAUAGUGAGAAUAUAAAAAAAGGUUCCUGUAAAAACAUGGUUGAUAAUCAGUCAAAACCCAUGUUUUCUUCAAUUCAGCAGAAUAUUUAUGCUUGUUCCUGUUCGAAGCAAUCUACUGUGGUUUCUAGUCCUGCAUCUUGUACAAAAAAUCAAAUUCCUUCUUCCAGAAAACCUGUGAUUUCUAAUAUUAAUAGUUUGAAAUGUUUUGAUACAACUGAUGAAGAAGAGUCAUUCAAAAAAAGGAAAGAUACAUCAAAAGUGAGUUUACAUGAAAAUAAUUCAAAAACUAUUAUAACUACUGCUGGUCCCAAAAAACGAGUUCCAGUUACGGAAAUUCCAACAAAGCCCAAAGUCACCCUAAAAUCCGUCAAAAGUCCCAUUAGACCUACAGGACAGACAUCUCAAACUCAAUUACAGAAGAAAUAUGGCCCAUCAAGAUUCCUUGCAACACAUGUGGAGAGAAUAAAUGAAGAUAGCUUAAUAAUAUCACCGGAACCCCACAACAACGAUGAGUUUUUGGAAAAGAUCAGACAAAGAGAUAGAGAUGCAAUAAUAAGAGGUCAGAAAGCAUUAGAAAAGGAAAAACUACAGAGGGAAUACAAUGAGAUGAUGAAAAAAUUGCCAGCUCUACAAAAACUAGAGAGGUUGUAUGAAAUGAACCAAGAUAAACCAGAAUAUCACAUGACAGAAGAAAGAUUGAGAGAACAAGAGAAAAAGAAACAGAGUAUUCUGGACGAUACCUAUGAAAAAUUAUUUCCAGAUAGGCAUCCUCCUACGAUUACAAUACCUGUGAAAAAUGCAUCGAAGGCUUCAAUUGGAGAAAAAGAUAAUGUAAAUAUUAAUGAAAAUUCUCCUUCUCUGAAUUUAGGAAAUUGGGAAAUUAAAAAAAAAUCUAAAAAAUUAUAUACUGAAGAAGAAGUUGAAGCAUUACUUCGUGAAGGAAAAAUUCCAUCUGAAAGUAAAUUCCGAACUGAUCAACUGAAAUCAGUACUUGAAAAAUUGAGGAAACAGAAAGAAGAGAUUUUGAAAGAAAUACAAACACAAAAUUUAUCGGAAGCACUUCCCUUGCCAACAAACUCAAAAGUUAGUUCCAAAGAAAAUGGAAAUACUUCUGAUUCUUCAACUAUAAGUUCUAAAUCGAAAAAGGGAAAAAGUGAAGAAAAGAUAGGAAAAAAAUCAGUGAAAGUGGGGACAAAUUCCCUUGAAAGCAGUGUUUCAUGUGAUACCAUUGAGGAGCCUAUCAAGAAACAAACAAAAUCAGUGAAACAAACAACAAAAUUGAAAUCUCAGGCAGUGCAGGUCACUGAAAAUUUGAAGAAAAGCAAACCAUCUACUGAUUCAAAAUCAACUAAAGAAAGUACAAAAACCGUUAAAGAAAUCAAAACAAAAAAGCAAAUUUCAAGAGAACAUUCUACAUCUGACUUGAAGAAAAGCACUUCUAAAGAGAAUAUUAAAACUAAUUCUUCUAGCUCAGAUAAAAACCAAAAACUAGCAGGAAAAAAUAAACCUGAUAAUUCUGCUACAUUAUGUGUUCCAACAAAUUCAUUGGUUUCUGUCAAUGAACAUCCCAAUCAAAAAGCAGUGAAGGAUCAAAAUAAGCAAAUCAAAAGUUGUGAUUGUGAAAAUAAUAUUAGCAAAAAAUCAACAGAACUUUGUGAAAUUGUUAUAAAAAUUAAAGAUCGAAAAUCUUCAGAAGUACUCAUUAAGAAGGACAACUUUAAAAAUGGAAAAGACAAAAAAGAAUAUAUAGCUGAAAAACCACUAGCAGUUAAUAAAUCUGAGGGACUAAAGGAAAACAAGAUAAACAGACAAUCCGAAAAUAGGAUAACAAACAGACAAUCUGAAAACAAGACAACAAACAGACAAUCAGAAAAUAAAACAAAAGAAAAAGGUAACCAAAGAAUGGACGAAAUAAAAAAAGCAUUGAAUGAUGACUGUUGCCAAAGUAAACAUAGCAGUAAACCUGAAUCUUGGCAUGAAAAGUUUUCUAAAAAUAAUUCACAAGUUUCUACAUCAAGUACUUCAUAUAUGAGUCUACCAGAACCUUCUAAUAUGCCUGACAAUCAAUCAAAAGUUCUUCCUUAUUUCUGCAAUUUAAUUGGUAAAAAGCCUCAACAACUCAAUUUAAAUGAAAUUGCAUCUUCUAUUAAAUUACCUGAAAAUCAAGAUCUUUUAGGAGAAGUUCAAAAGUUACUGGGUAUGUCUAGACAAAGUAUAGAUGAAUUGGGAAUAAGCUCUGUAAGUACUGUGACAACACCAUCGCAAAGUGUUAUUGACUUGGAGAGUAAUAAACUGAACACUAGUACUACUUAUAGUACAAAUACUAGAAUUGAUUUAAUAAAUGAAAUAUGUCAAACUCAGAAUCAAACUACAUUACCCAAUUUUAGUUUUUUGACUGUUUCCAGUGAAAAUAAAACUGUAGUAGCUAGUGAAAUAGAUAGUAAUAAUGAACAGUAUCCGGAUAUAUUGGCAAAAUAUGCAAAAAUUGCUGACCAAUGUAGUCAGAGAAUUUCUGAUUUAACAUCAAUGAUCCAGAAAGUUAGGGAAGAUAAAAAUAGAAUGCUACAGACUUCAUCAAUUUUACCUACAAAUGAUAGUUCUACAAAAUAUAUGGAUCUACCAAGUCCCAACAAAUCUAAUGAUACUAAAGAUUCAACAAAAGAACAGAGGUCAAUUUCUAGUAGUAGUUCUGGAGACUCAAAAUUACUUGAUAUUAAUUUCAGUUUAGCAGAAAAAUUAAAAGGAUUAACACCUGAGGAACUCAAAAAUUUCAGUAAACAGCAUAAUAAUGUUAAUAACAGUAUAGGAGAGGAAGAUUUGGCAAAACGUUUAAAAGCUUUGAAAGAAUCACCUGUGUUGUUGAAUGAAAACAACAAAGCUGGGAGUCAAUUACAAAACAAAAAAACUGAGAAUACUGCCAACAAAAAAACAUCUACUCAGCCAAAUAAUUCACAUGUUGUUCCUCCAGUCAGUGGUUCUAAAGAAGGGAAUUCUACUGAUUUUAUUCCAUUUUUAUUAGAUAUUCCCAAAUUACCUGCUCUAGCCGCAGAUUCCACAAAUACAAAACAUAAAAAACCACCUCCUUCUAAAAGUUUUAUGGUGGCAAGAAAAUUUACUGAUUUCGUUGCACCCCAUGAAUUAUCAACCAUACCAGAACAAGACAGUCAAAUGAAAUUUGAAAGUACUAUAAGAGAUAAAUCUCCUAAGGAUGAAAAUAAAUUUCAAGCUAAAGAAACUAUAUCAAUCUCGAAGAAAUCCCCAAUAGAAAAUAAAGGAAAGCCAAACUCUUCACCGAAAGGAAACAAUCCAAUAAUAUAUGCAGUGACUACAAAAUCAGACAACAAUAUUCAUUUAAAAGUACCAGACCCUAAACCUACAAUUAUCAGAACUACAUCUUCUCCAAUAAUCAGAACUACCUCUCCAAUUAACAGCCAUUCUAAAAGUUCUUCUAAAACAAAAGAGAGUUCCAACUAUUCUGAUAAUUCUCUAGGCUCUCUAAAUACUUCAGGUGAUGAAAAAGUUGAAAUGCUCCGAAUAGAAGCUAUGUUGAGAAGCAUUGGCAUGGAUUGGGCAAUACCAACUUUGAGAAAAACGCAAGAAGCUCUUGCUUUAACUUCAAGUUCGAGUUCUAUAGACAUGAAAAGUCCCUCUCUUAAACAACUCAAUGAAAGUGAUAUCAAAGAAUACUUUUCAAAACAAUUAUUUCAAAAAAUAUCAUCGAGUACUCUAAGAACUGAUGCAAGCCCAGGUUCACUCAACGAAAGUCGGGAUCUUUCAGACAUACAAAAUUCUGAUUUUGCUUAUAAGCAAACAUCAACUCCCGUAAAUGGCAGGGAACUAUAUGAAGCUCAUGACAGAAGCACCGACUUACCUUCUGCAAUUGAAUCUGACAAAAUGACAAAUGAUUUUUUCAGCUUACCCGAACAUUCUCAUUAACAUGUCAUUUUAUGAAUAAAUGUAACAGGAAUUUUUGAUCCUUGCAUCACUUUUAAUCUUCAUUGAAAUGUACAUGAAUCACAUGCAACUAACAAAUUUUAUCGUAUGUAUUCAAUUUUAUAUUUUAAAUAAAUUCUCUUUUGUAUAUAAGAAAUUGAUGUCCAUUAUUUUCAUUAAGAAUAUCAUUGUUACUAAUCUUAUUUUUUUAUUGUUAAUGUAAUAUUGUAGUUUUAAAGAAAUAUAUAAUUGUGAAAAUAUUGAUUGUAGUGUUUUUUUAGAAUUACUACAAUCGUGAAAAUAAAUUUCUGUGAUAUCUUAUGAAUUAGAUUUUAAUAUUCCAAUUUUUGUUCAAAUAAAUUUUAAAGUUUGA